ACAGAGUUCCUGGCUUUUUUACGGAGUUAAACACCAAUGAUAAGGAUAUGGAUGACAAAAAGUCAAUUUUAGAAAUAACAUCAAAAUUCGGCUCUGGGACCUCUUCGCAUGGAAUCCCGAGGAUUGCGGCCGCCAAAUCAUGGCACGGACGUAUACUGUGGAGCUUUUUGUUUCUGACUUGUAUGGUCAUAUUUGUGUGGCAGGCAUAUCUACUGGUUAAUGCUUAUUUGGGGUAUGACGUUGCUAUAUCCAUAAAAGUGAGCAAUAUAGAAGGACGUGAAAUCGUUUUCCCGGCAGUGACUGUGUGCAACACGAACCCUGUGCGAAAGUCGCAAAUCAAAGACUCGUCACACUUUAUACUAGCUGACCUGGAGCAAUACUCACAAGGAUUGCAGUAUUACGGACGAUCUGGUUACAUAGUUUUUCAUGAUCUACUUACUUAUAUAUUGAUCAACUUAGAUUGUCGGGAAAGUUUUUCAUGUGGAAGUGGUGAGUGUAUAGCAUAUACUCUACGGUGUGAUGACAAAGUAGAUUGUGCUGAUGGAAGUGACGAAAAGUUUUGUAAUUGUUCUGGAUUUGUGUGUGCAGACGGUGAAUGCAUUAAUGCAUACGCUAAGUGCAACACAGUGUUCGAAUGUGUCGACGAAUCCGACGAGGCUUUCUGCAAUGAUUCAACGACAGUUUACCCGACAUUUUUACCACACGAGUGGGAAACUAACUGGUAUGAAAAAUUCAUUAGCGUCCUACCAGAUAGCAGCAUUGCCCAGAAUGUAUUCGAAGUAUUGUUUCCACAAUCGUACAUUGAUUGGGGCUUCGAACGAAUACAGGGAGAGUUUCCACCUGAUUGGUUUCGUUUCCUAGCGUUUAGUAACACGCCUGAUUUUAGCGACCUCCAAGGCGUCUUAAAGCUUCGCUCUACUGAAAUGUCAACAUUUGGUCACCAGCUACAAGAUUUUAUUCUUCAAUGUUCAUACAAUAAAAAAGAAUGUGAAAUAACAUAUUUCAAGAAGUUUCAACACGACAAAUACGGUAACUGCUACACAUUUAAUAGUGGCAAAGAAAUACUUGUACCCGUGUAUAACGAAAGCGAAGAAGAGGCACCACCUGCUGCAUACACCCCUGUCGAGAUUCCUGUUAAGACUGCUCCACUGCCUGGUGCUGAAAAUGGGCUAAAGUUGACGUUAAAUAUUGAGCAGCACGAGUACAUUAGCAUAUUUGGACAGGACAGUGGCGUUAAGGUCUCAAUUCACCGCCAAAAUGAAACUCCAUUCCCAGAGGAUGACGCCAUCACAAUUUCACCAGGUCGAUCGACGUCAGUCGGCAUUAGAAUGCACGAGUAUAUUAGCAUAUUUGGACAGGACAGUGGCGUUAAGGUCUCAAUUCACCGCCAAAAUGAAACUCCGUUCCCAGAGGAUGACGCCAUCACAAUUUCACCAGGUCGAUCGACAUCAGUCGGCAUUAGAAUGCGACAAUUCACCAGACAAGGAGAGCCCUACGGAAAUUGCACAAAUACACCCACCGCAGAUAUGAAUGCAAUUUUUAAAAACGACUCUGUUUAUACAGUAACGGCAUGUCAGAAGGCUUGCUUACAGCGUGUGUUGACGGAGUACUGCGACUGUGUUGAUACAAUGUUAACAGAAGGCGUCAGUCGUUGCCGCCUAUUAGACAAUGAGCAAGAACGAUGUCGGCAAGUUAUUAACUUUCUUCACAGCCUUCAGUUAACCGAUUGUGAAUGUCGCAUUCCAUGCAGUGAAAUUAAAUAUGAAAAAACAAUCUCACAGUCACUGUGGCCGUCAGAAAGCUACGUGAACACCCUAUUAGAGAGUAUUUACGCUAUUAACCAGUCGCAUAGAAAUCGCCUGUAUGACCUACCUACAGCGCAGCAAAACCUCGUUCGGUUGGAGGUGUAUUACGAGGAUCUGUCGUACACGUCGAUAUCAGAAUCGCCUGCAUAUACCUGGGAGAGCCUGUUUGGCGAUAUCGGUGGUACACUUGGAUUGUAUAUUGGACUAUCGAUGCUUACUGUGGUCGAGUUUUUCGAAUUUGUCAUCGAUCUUGUUGUAUACAUAAUCAAUAAGCUUUGCAAAAGGAACAAAGUAACUGAGUUACGAGGUGGAAUAUGAUCCCAAAUUGUACUUUCAGUGUAAAGUACCUAAAGUAAACGUAUCGAAUUUUUAAAAUAGUUGUUAUAAUUUUUGCUUGGCCGCCUGCCAUGCUGACCAGUCUUGAGCCUGAGUGGCUGUUAUUGAUCAUCAAAUGCCGUACCGAUUUUUAAUUCUUGGACUACAUUAUUGAUCGUUACUAGGUUUCAUUCAUUUUCUCUAUUUCUCCUAUUUCUCACAAUAAUCAGAAACGUCAUAACGAAAAUAUUGAGUAUUAUAUCCCACGCCGCCAGCACUGUGAGAGUAGCCUUUAAUUAGUAUUAUCUAAGUUCGAUUAUAUAACGGUAGAACUGUAAAUAUAUAUGUAUAUAUAUAUAUAUAUAAUAUUAUAUAUAUAUAUUUAAAACAUUGUUGAAAAUCAACAAUAAACAGUUUACAAUGUUUCUUAUUCUUUGCGAAUUGCGUUUGUGCGCAUGUGUCUAUUAUAUAAUGCGGGUCCAACGGCUUAACGUCUCAUCUGAGUGACGAGGUAGUCGGAGCAAUGUGUCUUGCCCAAUGAUACAAACAGUUUGGCCCUAAUACCACCAAGCUACCAGCUUGCCAGUAUUGCUUUUAUUAUUUUAGACAUACCUUUUUAUAUUUGUAUCAUUUGUGUCCAGGACCACUGUUAAUAACAACGUAGUUAGUUUAUUUUCUCUUUGUAGUGUCAAGCUUUCUUCAUUGAAUGUGAUUUUAUCCUGCUUAAAUAAAUUGCAAAAAAAAAUAAAUAAAUAAAAUAAAUAAAUAGUAUAUUUAUAAAAUUUUUCAAACUAUAAUUAGUGCGCAUUAUCAAGUACGCUUAUUCUCUGUCAAAAUGUUACAAUUGGGUCAGCUAUCCCCACCAAUUUCCGUGGAAAUUCAGCAGGAGGAUUUAUCCGAAGUAAAAGAAAGUUAACGAUGAUAAUAUCCAAUCCAUCUUUCCUGUAUUAGUUUUAUUAUAUUAUAUUGUCGACUCAUUUAUACUUUUUUGUAUAUUUUUUUGUUUCUUCUCUUACAAAUCAUUCGGACGAGUCGAGUGGCCGAGCGUUAAGACAGAAGCGCCGCUAACCACAGCCUUAACAUCGGCGCUGGUUCCAGCCGCUCCUCGCCCAGGGUUUGGUUGGUAGAACCAAGUCUUCUCGGAUAAAGACUUAAAAUGGAGGUCCAGUGUACACAUCUGGC